GCUUCACUGCAUCAUAAGGAAUGCCGGAGCCCCGCAAAAGACGGCCGGCAGCCAUGGUAGCUAUCAGAUCGCUCAUGUUGACUUCCAGCGACAGCAUUGGCAGCGAGUCGCCUUACUCGGCCCGUCCACCGUCGCUCGUCCAGCUCCCGCUGAAGAUAAUCGCCUUGAUAGUCUCAUAUAUAGACACUCCUGCAGACCUUGCGCGAGUAUGUUCAACAUGUCGGGUCCUCAAUUACAUGGCUGUGCCACUUCUCUACGAGACUCUCGUCUUGAGCACGGGCGAAGAAAGCCCCCAUAAUCAGAAGCUGCCAACCGGUGGUCGUGGAAGCGCUUUCGCGACUGGCCUCAAUUCACUGGUCAGAGGCAGUCUCGGUCCAAUGGUCCAUUCUCUUACAUUACGAGGCGUCUGGAAAGAGGAUACCAUCCAACGACAUUCCAACGACUUCGUCAUGGAUCGCCUCACGAUUCUGAAUAUUGCCGUAAGAGCUGCACUAGACAAGACGACAAGAUUACAACAGUUCAGCUGGGAACUCGAUAUCAGAAUGCUGGACACCGUGUAUCUGGGUCUAGCGAAUUUGAAAAUCUCAGAGUUACAUUUGCGAUUUCCGUCAACCCGGGGCACGCAGCCUGUCACUGUUGUCCCCGUCAUGCCGCACCUCGUUGCCUUAUCCGUGACCAACAUCGACCCUACACUAAAUCAGGACGAUAUCUCGACUCUGCUUUGCAGCAAGAAGCUUCAGGAUCUGAGGAUGCAAUGGUCGCCUCGAAUGGUAGACUCCAAAAAACCCUGCGUCCGACUUCACGACUACUUUAAAAAAUCGACUGGGUCAUCUCGACUCAGAAUCAAGAAACUGGCUUUUCAGAAUCUCCACACUGAGGCCACCGACGAUCUGUACCAGGCGAUAGAUCAAGAGCGCAUUGAAGAAGUCACCAUUUUGAACAGUUCCAGUUGUACCUUUUCGAUGAUCUUCCACAACCCCUCUGCCAAUUCUCGCCACCCAUCACCAAUCGCGCAACCCGGUUUCAAAGUCAUGAGACAUGACAAGAUCUCCAGGGCUCACUGCGACUUCUUGGGCUCGAUGAUGGGACUUGAACAAAUUUAUUUCGUCAACCACGACGCGAGAUACUACAUUGAGCGGCCCUCUGCAUCCCCGCCGGCAAUUUUCAGGCGAGGUUCGGUAGACCACGACAUGGAUACUAUCCGAGUGCUCCCCAACGGCACAUCCCACCCCUCACCAACAUUCGCCGACGACCCCAAGACUCAAAGCUACCUCAAAGACAACUACUUCACGACGAUCCUCUCAAAUCACGGGCAGUGGCUGACUCAUCUCCUCCUCUCCGCGACAUGGCACCUCUCCACCUCGAUGAUCGCACGCCUUGUGCACACAUGUCCGAACCUCGUGCAGCUCGGAUACGCGACUGAAACGUCCAGCUUCGACACCAUGACUCUACUGAUACCCUUUCUCCGUAACCUAGUCGCGAUCCGCCUCCUCGUCCCCAUAUACCCCCCUAAUUCCAACAGCGGGCCGCCCAAACCCGUAAAGGCAAACACGCAUGGCCUGUUAGUUCCACUGAGGUCGCGCCCGCUGUGCGAAGUCGUAGAACUUGACGAAAGUGUGCACAUUGAGAAGAUUGGUCUCACGCUGGGCGACAACGAAGCAUGGGGCCACCUCAAACUCAUAGGACUCGGGUGGAAGUCUUAUGAGUUAGGUGAGAUAUACGCAGAGCCACUGAUAGGAUCGCGGCCGCCUUCUCUUCCCGGGACACCCACGGCGCAGCCGAGAGUGACCCGAAGGACGUCUACGCCAGCUGGGAAACCACUUCAGUCUACCCUAGGCAAACGGACGCGCGAGCUUAGAUCGACGUCCAACUCGUCGCUAAACGAGAAUUCAAAUGGUGUUCCUUCUGUCCACAUUCAGAAUAUGGAUAAAGAAAUGGAGGACGCGCCACAAGAGACCGAACGAUUUGUAUGGAGACGGAGAGUGCGACCUGUAGGAUGGGAUGUUCUCAAACACUGGAGUAUUUGGGCAAUGGACGGAUCGGAAAUGUGAAAUGCCGGUUGGGAAAAGAUGUUUACAUAGGCGUCUUGGGGACUUUGGCGUCAUGAGGCAACACGGCGCCCUUUCAAUCACUUCGACGUCCGCAACGCAGCAUAGCUAGGAGUUAAUCCAUUUUUCAUCGCGCUUCAAAAAUAUCACUUACACAUAUCUCACGUGUUGUUAAUACUCUC